AGACGCGCAGAUCGGGGAGUCCAGCGCCUGCGCCACAGCGCUCAUGUGCGGGGUCAAGGCGAACUUCGAGACUCUUGGACUAGACGCUGGGGGCCUAUUUGAGGACUGCUUCUCCGUGUUCAACUCCAAGGUCGACUGUCUCCUAGCUUGGGCCCAGAAAGAAGGGAAAUCUACGGGGUUGGUGACCACGACCCGGGUGACCCACGCAACACCUGCAGCUCUGUUCGCGCAGUCACCCAGCCGCUACUGGGAGGACGACAGCAAAGUGCCUCCUGCGGCGAGGAAGUCCUGUAAGGACAUUGCGAGGCAGCUGGUGGAGGAUGAACCUGGCAAGAAUAUAAAUGUGGUGAUGGGUGGUGGACGAAGACAUUGGUUGCCGAGGGCGGCGAGGGACCCGGAGACUCUGACGGAGGAGGGGCGACGUCUGGACGGCAGGAACCUGAUAGACGAGUGGAUCCGAGACAAGAGAAAGAAAGGGUUGAAGGCAGAGUACAUAUGGAACAAGGGUCAAAUGGACGCUGUAGAUGCUGCAACUACCGAUCAUCUCCUAGGCCUCUUUUCUUAUUCACAUCUGGAGUUUGAGGCAGACCGACAGUUGGGACCUUCAGGUGACCCUUCCCUUGUAGAGAUGGUCAUCAAAACUCUCAGCAUUCUACUCAGAAACCCGCAGGGAUUCUUCCUUUUCAUAGAAAGCGGCAAGAUAGACCACGCCCACCACUACAACAACCCUUACCGUGCCCUGGAGGAGACUCUCAUGCUGGACGCUGCCCUCCUCGCCGUGCUCUCCAUGGUGGACCAGUCUCAGACUCUAGUGGUUGUCACCUCGGACCACUCCCACGUCAUGAGCUUGGGGGGCAUUUCCACCCCCAGGGGGAAUCCUAUACUUGGGACCGACUCCCGACUGUCGGACGUGGACGGGCUGCCGUACUCCACCCUGCUGUACAGUAACGGGCCCGGAUACGCCAAUCCUCGAGCGGUCCCCGGCAACGGCUCUGGAGACACACAGAACGCUGUUCACUCGAGCGCCGUGCCCAGACAAUGGGCCACUCACGGGGGAGAGGACGUGCCUAUAUAUGCCCAAGGGCCCAUGGCGCUACAGUUGUUCAGCGGCACAGUGGAGCAGAGCUACGUGCCGCACGCUAUAGCGUACGCUGCGUGUAUCGGUCCGUACACCGCACGCUGCACAGGCCAUCAUUCGGACGGGGACAACACUAGUUGCCAGUCAGAUGGUGUGCGAGGUUCACGAGUUUUAGCGAGUUCCGUCAUGUCAGACGAUCACAAGCUACCCUCGCUAUCGAGUUCAGGUGUAAGCCAAUGGAUCUACAGCUGGAGAGCAGUAUUAAGUGUUGUCACCUUACUGAACUGUGUUAACCAAGACGAGUUGCCAGUCAGAUGGUGUGCGAGGUUCACGAGUUUUAGCGAGUUCCGUCAUGUCAGACGAUCACAAGCUACCCUCGCUAUCGAGUUCAGGUGUAAGCCAAUGGAUCUACAGCUGGAGAGCAAGUUGCCAGUCAGAUGGUGUGCGAGGUUCACGAGUUUUAGCGAGUUCCGUCAUGUCAGACGAUCACAAGCUACCCUCGCUAUCGAGUUCAGGUGUAAGCCAAUGGAUCUACAGCUGGAGAGCAGUAUUAAGUGUUGUCACCUUACUGAACUGUGUUAA